ACUCGAGAUUCAUUCUUGUAUCGAUUGCUUAAUAAAGCAUUGCGAACGGAUAAUAUUGACAUUAUAUUUAAAUAUCGAUUUUUUAUUAGUGAUCUACAUCAACAACUAUAUGAAUUACAUGAAAACUAUGUGAAAUUGUUGAAAUCUUAUGAAAUCGAUGAAUUUCGUGUUUAUCGUGGGCAACAAAUACCAGUUGAACAAUUUGAACAACUACAAAAAAAUAUUGGUGGCAUGAUUUCAAUGAACACAUUUCUAUCAACGACAACCGAUAGAGAUAUCGCAUUGGUAUAUACCGGUAAUGGUUCUUGUCGUCCUCAAAUGGAAUCAGUUUUAUUUGAAAUUAAAAUUGAUUUAACUCAAACAAGUACGACACCAUUUUCAAAUAUUAAAGAAAUGAGUUAUUUUCAAUCCGAAGAUGAAAUAUUGUUUUCAUUAUCGACAUUAGUAUUGAUAAAUAAAGAAAAUAAAGAGUUUAAAGAGAUUAAUGGUUAUCUAAUUGGAAAUCGCAUAACAAAUUUAGUUGAUUUAGGCUAUUUAUUGCUUUUAAUGGAUGAUUAUGAUCGUUCAAUUGACUAUUGUACAAUGUUACUGCGCGAUCAAUCGUUAACAACAAAUGAUGUAGAUUCUAUUGUUCUUCGUUAUAAUUUUAUUGGACAAGCUUAUUCAAGUAAAACAAAUUAUGAAUUAGCAUUAAAAAAUUAUGAAACGGCGCUAGAAUUACAACUAAAAUAUAAUCCAGACAACCUCGAUUUAUUAUCAACAUGUUA